GGGUUGAGAAAAAGGCAAUCAUCUGUCACUUUGCGAAAGUUUGGUGUUUUGUGCGAAAGUGUGCGAUCACGCCCGGAGCCACAUUCGCUGGAAACUCGCGAUUUCGGCAUUUGUAUUUUCUGCAGCUGUGUCCUUGUCAGUGAAAGGUAUUCUUUUUGUGCAAAGUGCAGUGUUUUUGGAGUGAAUCUGACGCCGGGUCGAUUUACGCUCGGGGUUGUGAUUGAAUCGUUAAGCGUGGCUUAAUUACAAAGUGAUACAAGAAAAUUCCUUCUGCAGAGCUUGGUAACCGCUGUGUUAUCAAAAUAGAGCAUCGAUACCAACACAAAAGUUUCCACAACGCAUCCCUGAGACUUCAGCAGCAACAGCAGCAGCAGCGAAAAUGAAUGUCGAGAUCACGCCAAACUAUUCGUACAUCUUCGACUUUGAAAAUGAGUUCAUUCAUCAGGAUACACGUGUCUGGAUGGUCAAGAACUGGACCUACGUGUUCUACUACUGUGGAAUCUACAUGGCGGUGAUCUUCGGAGGACAGCAUUUUAUGCAAAAUAGGCCAAGAUUUGAGCUACGUGGAUUAUUAGCGAUAUGGAAUUCAUUGCUAGCAAUGUUCAGUAUAAUGGGUGCCUGCCGGACAGCGCCAGAACUGGUACACGUGCUGAGGCAUUACGGUCUCUUCCAUUCCGUGUGUGUUCCAAGCUUCAUCGAGCAUGAUCGUGUAAGCGGUUUCUGGACCUGGCUGUUUGUGCUGUCCAAGCUGCCUGAACUGGGUGAUACCGUGUUCAUUGUGCUCCGGAAGCAGCCGCUGAUCUUCCUGCACUGGUAUCACCACAUUACGGUGCUGAUGUAUUCGUGGUUCUCGUACACCGAGUACACCGCCUCUGCCCGUUGGUUCAUCGUGAUGAACUACUGCGUGCACUCUGUGAUGUACUCGUACUAUGCCCUGCGUGCCCUGAACUUCAAGCCUCCCCGUUCGAUCGCCAUGGUGAUCACCACCCUUCAGCUGACUCAAAUGGUCGUUGGCUGUGCCAUCAACAUUUGGGCCCAUGGCUUCCUGCAAACGGCCGGCAAGGGCAGCUGUAACAUCUCCGAAAUGAAUAUCAAACUAUCCAUUGCAAUGUAUUUCAGCUACUUUGUCCUGUUUGCCCGUUUCUUCUACAAGACCUACCUCUCAACGAAUGCGCGCAAGGGCAAACGCUCUAUCCAGUCAGCUUCCAGCAAUGGAAGCGCUUCUGUUCAGUACAGUAGCAUCAGUAGCAGUAAACAGGCCUCCAUGGGUGGCUCAAUUAAUUCCAAUCUUUUGACGGCAGCACAACAAACCGAUAAGGUUAAAGCACAGUAAGAUGAGGCUCCGGGCUACAGAGCACAUCUUCCCGUGGCAAAAGCACACAAAAACACAGCAAAAAACCAAGAAAUCAAAUUUCAACCGGGAUCUUCUCUUAUCUGUAUUUACGUGCUUCUUCUCGUGUCACCUUCCUUUCCUCUUACGCGGAAAGGGAAUUGGCGCUAAUAGCAUUCAACACCACGUGAGUGUUACCAUUUUCCGCAAUCGUUGGUUCAUUAACUUCUGCUAUUCGUAGACUUAGGUGUACACGUCGUUCAAAUGCAGUUUUAGUGGUGCAGCUAAUUAAGUGAGCGUAGUGGAAAGUCAGAAAAAAAAUAACGUAGCUCAAAGAAGGAUCCUGCCGUCUUAGUCUAGGCGUUCAAUCUGCUCCUUAAUUUAGUGACAAUAGCAAGUAGAGACAAGGAUAAGCCCGGUGACACUCAUCCAAGGCAAAGUAGUCACUAAAAUCCCCAACCAAGCAGACCGAAGGCUUUCUUUUUGUUACGUUUGUUUUUUUUUUUUUGGUCACAAAAGAUGCAUACCAUUUACUACAACAUACUAUAGCGUAACAGAACAUUCAGGUGGAAUAUGUUAAGAGAAAAAAAUAGCGUAGAAGAGCUAAAGACAUAAUAGUAGGAGCGAAAUGAUCAAAGCAGAAGGAACAUCGUUUUGAGAAGACAGCAGAGAAGACAAAAGUGUUGUAAGGAUGAGAUUUAUAUGGCUUACGGGUGUUUUCCUCUGGCCACUUAACUAGAAGUCGGACAGCAGUAUGGUACGGUACGAGACUAAACAAGAGGACUGACAGGAGUUACAGCAGCUGGCUUCUUAUUUAUUUCCCUGGGAGGGUAGGGAAUCCUACAUUAGUUUUUUUUUCGUUUAUUUAAAUCUGUUUGUGUAUUAUUCUUUUCUCAUCAAGAUGUGUUAGCUAAUCUCGACUUCAUUUUCCUAACUGGGAAAAGGUUUUCGUAGAAAACAAAAAAAAAUUGGGUAGUAAUCUGUUGUUUCGUGGGUGUAGUUUUAGAUGGCUUUCAUUUAUGGUUACUGUUAAAGAUGCAAUUACCGAAUACUGGUACAAAUAUUCGAAAGGUGAAGAUGUACAGAAUGUUAUAUUGAAUUUAUAUGCCACAGGUUUUAUGCAAGUCAAUAGGCGUGGAAACAAUAAAGAAGAAAUAUCUAACUAAAUUCUUCGUUUUGUGCCGCAUAUUCAGGGCAGGACUUAGGUCUUUUACUAAAAUUUGAGAUUUAAUCCUAUACACUACCCACCAUAAAUAUGGAAUCGUUGCAAUACUGAGUUUUUUCAACAAAAAUAAAAAAUCGCAGGGGCUCAAAGACGUAUUUUUAAGAUAACCUCAAAAAUGCAUUGAUCUUGCACUUCAGAAUCACGAGAUAAUAUUCAUUUUAGGUGAUGCUAAACUUUUCUAGGUGCUGCAAUAUUCAGUAUGAGUGUUGCAAUAUGCGAUUCCAUACUUAUGGAGGGUAGUAUAUAUGCGUGAAUAUCUCAUCCGGCUGAGAAUUAUAGGAAGAAACAUAAAUAAUUAAUUUUCAACCAGAAUUUUUAAAAGCAAUAAUUUAGAGACAUACAUAGCAAGUCAAAAUUUAAGGAGUUAGAUUUCAAGCUUUUUCCAUAAGAAAAUGACGUGUUAAAAAUGUGUAUUUUUCCGCUUAGCUUCCAUUGUCAAACGAAUAGACCACGUGUGAGUCGUUUAGAUCAUGCAAGGAAAAGCCAGGCAGGAGAAAUGUGACUUAUCAGAGCCACAACAAAUUUUCCCAUAUAUUUUAUGAAUUUUUAUUCUCAAAGUGUAGUACCGUAAAGUACCCAUAUUUCGCGCGCGCUCCUAAUUUCGCUCACUGACAUUCUAAACAUGUUUUGCGAAAGACAUUUUUGUUAGCUAUUAUUUUGAAUAAUUCUUCUUCCGGCAUGGUUGCAUAACAUGCAAUAAUGUAGUCCAAUUUGUAUCAAGAAAUAUGAAUGAAAUGGCAGUGAGCGAAAUUAGGAGCGUGCGCGAAAUAUGGUAGCAUCACGGUAUAACAACAUAAGCAGUAAGCUAUGUAAAAUUGGUCCUAAAAUUUUCAUGAAAUCGUUAAUUUUAACAGCGAUUGGCCAUCUUGCCCCACUUUCCUCUAUAUUACAAAACCGAUGAGUUAUAUUUCUGGAAGUAAUGACAGUAAAUAUAAAUGAAAAGCAUUUAAAUCUCCUACGAAACAGACAUUUCACGCGUACUCUGGGCCAAGCCCAAAUAGCAACUUUCUUCUGCUCUCAAUUUCUUAUGAGUACAUAUUCUAAAUUUGAUACAUAACCCAUUUAGGUCAAGUACAACAGCCAACCACUAUGAAAUAAAUGCUCAAAGCCGCUAAUUACCGUUUAUGUUGUUGAUUUUUUCUAAACCCUAGUGUAAAUAAAUUAUUUUCUUCCCUAGUGAGAACCUCUGAAAGUAACUCGAGAAUAAAAGGCAGAUGUUUGGACGACAACGUUCCAACACAGAACAAAAUUCCAAAAGUAACUAAUCCCACAACUUAUAGGAUUCUAAAAAAAACAUUCAUUUGAAAAUAAUAGCCAUCCACCCGUCCUCAAUAAAUAGAAAUUAAAACUCAAGGAUAAACAUCGUCUCGCUUUUCGUCUUGCUGAAAAACCAAAAUAUAAAUCAGGAGAUAAGUAUAAAGGCGAAAGUGAUAACGCAAUCCUUCUUCGGAAGAAAAUAUUACCCACUGUAAGUGCUGCCCUUAUAAAUUCUUCUAAAUUCUUCAAGCAACGGAAACCACACACACACACAAACCGAACAAACAAUAAACAUGUUCAUGAUACCAAUUAAGCAAGUAUAAGCAGGUGCUGCGAAGCAGGAUGAUCAACAUAAACCAAACCAAACAGUGCUAAAACUAAGCUCCUAUUGUACAUAAUCUUAAAACGCAUAUGCGCUUUCACUAUCACUUUCUUUUGUUAUGGCUUUCAUUGCUAUUUCUUAUCUUCGCAAUCACAUCGUCAUAACUGGCAACACUGACAACCCAACAUAAUUAUAUUGGUCGCAAAACAAGUCUUAAAAACUGUGACAAACAAAUACAACAUUGUUCGAAAUUUAAUUAUUGAAAUCGUAAAACAAUCUUUGGAACAACAACAUCGAAACUUAUUUUUUUGCUUUGUGGUAUUGUUUUUUUAAAGAUGACAUAUUUCUAAAGUCUAAAAACAAGCUUGGAAGAAUCCCGUAUAUUGAUUACGUUGUCUUAAAAGCCAUUCUAUUUAAUGAGUAACAUUCCUUUGAAAUGGGGUAGAUAAAUUGAAGGGACAUUUGAAUACCUAUAGUUAAAAGAUAGAACAGUUGCAGCAUUUAUUAAGUAUCACACAAACUACAUAACAAACAGACACACCAAACCAACAAAUUAUCUGCAGAAUCGUCCAAUUAGAACAAAAAAUAAAAACAACAUGACAUUUAUUGAGGAAUUAAAUCCAAUCAAUAUUUAUUGAACAGUUUUCCUAAGUAAUCGAGUUGUUGUUAAUGAGCGUUUGUAUCCAUUUUUGGUUUUCGGCUUCUUCCCUUUAUUUGCAAGCUUUAAUGAACACAAAUAUCUACACACACAUACAAAACACAAAGCAUAUUUAUUAUUAUCUCCGGGAAAAUUCAUCAUACAUUCACAAACUUACACAGAACAUGGUGGUUGAAUAACAAUUAAUAAUUAAAAAAGAAAAAAACUUGAACAUAAACAUGGAAGAGUGUUAACAAUAAAAAUGGUUCAUUUAACUAGCAAUGGUAUGAGAAAACAUAAGAAAACCUACCUAAAUAGUUCUUAAACAGUAACGUUGAAACAAAAACAAAACAAACAAAUUUAAAGCAAAAAUAUUAACACAUUGCAUUCUAGUGAAGAAACCUGAAGAAAUUGAAAAAGUGGUUCUGUAUUGUUUCUUCUUUUUCUUAUGUAUGAUAAAAACAAGAGCGAGAAUACAAAUGAGAAAAACGUAUAAAUUUACUGAAGAACUAUUCAUUUUGUAUCAAAAUAAAUUUAUUAUGAUUGAGAAAAA